AUGGCUUCACGGAGGCUAGCUGCCUCCUUCUCCUCCACUCCUUCCUUCAUCGAUCAUCAACCAAAUCUCCAUUUACCCACUCCACCAGAGCCGCACGCGCUAUCUCAAUCCCACCCUUCUCCUACUGGUAACUUUCUUAACUAUGUAGUAAACUACGCUACUUCUGCCACCGCCACUCCGAUUAAGCUAGCUGCAACAACCCCUGAGGUUUUGGACAACUCGAUCAGAUUAGUUUUGGAGGCGGCACAACAUUUAGGGGAGAAUAUGGUUAGGACUAUUGCUAUGGAUGGUAUCGAAGGGCUUGCCUGCGGUCAAAGAGUUCUCAACACUGGUUCUCCUAUCACUGUACCUGUAGGUCGAGGAACCCUUGUUCAUAUCAUUAAUGCCAUUGGAGAUCCAAUUGAUCAUAGAGGCGAUAUUAGUUGGUAUGAAAGCCAUAACCUAACAAACUCAAGAGCCAGAUGCAAUGUGAAAGCAAACUGCCCAAAAGGUGAGAACAUUUCCUAG